AUGGUGGUGCCUGAUUUCGGUCUGAUCUGCGAAAUUAUGUUGGUAGCAGAGGGCUUUCUCAGUGCCCGCAUUCUGGCACGCAAAUUCAUUACACUCUACGAGUUGUGCAAAGAGCUACUCUCCAAACAGGAUCACUAUGAUUGGGGCCUGCGAGCCAUCAAGUCAGUGCUGGUUGUGGCAGGCUCUUUGAAGCGAGGCAAUCGUGACAUGGCUGAGGACGCAGUGCUGAUGCGAGCGUUGCGUGACUUCAAUACACCCAAGAUCAUUACUGAUGAUUUGCCUGUCUUUCUGGGUCUUAUUAAGGAUCUCUUUCCUGCUCUUGAGGCUCCAAGAAAACGAAAUGUUAAGCUGGAGGAGGAGGUGAAGAAAGCGACCCUAGACUUGGGUUUGCAGACUGAGGAUGCAUUCAUUCUUAAGGUUGUACAAUUGGACGAAUUGUUUGCGGUUCGUCACUCCGUCUUCAUCGAUGGUGGUGCAGGAGCAGGAAAAAGCGAGGUCUGGCGCACCCUCUAUCACACUCAUCUCAUGAAUGACAGAACACCCACUGCCAUUGACCUUGAUCCUAAGGCUGUAACAAAUGAUGAACUCUUUGGCGUCAUUAAUCCCGCUACCAGAGAAUGGAAAGAUGGUCUCUUCUCUACAAUUAUGCGAAAUAUGGCAAAUCUGACUCACAAAGGACCAAAGUGGAUAGUACUGGACGGUGACAUCGAUCCUAUGUGGAUUGAAUCACUGAACACGGUGAUGGAUGAUAACAAAAUUCUCACUUUAGCCAGUAAUGAACGAAUUCCCCUCACACCAACAAUGCGUCUUUUAUUUGAAAUUAGUCACUUAAAAACAGCUACUCCUGCCACUGUCUCUCGAGCCGGUAUCCUCUACAUCAAUGCCAGUGACCUGGGUUGGCUACCGUACGUGCACAGCUGGUUGGAUAGUCGUGUGAAGGACAACAAAGUCCUUUCUCGCACCGAACGUCCCGCUUUGUCGAUUUGCUUUGACAAGUAUGUUGGUCCCUGUCUGGACAUUUGCAAUACAAAAUUGAAGAAGAUCACCACCAUACCCGAUCUAGCGCAUGUCAACAUGCUCUGCUACCUGCUUGAGAGCAUGUUGGAUGCACAGAAGAACUCCAAGGAUCAUCGAGAAUUCACCAAGGAGAACUAUGAAGGUCUUUUCUGCUUCUGUUGUGUAUGGGCUGUGGGUGGAGCCCUAUUUAAGGAUCAAAUGUCAGAUCAUAGGCAAGAAUUCCAUAAAUGGUGGGUGAAUGAGUUUAAAACGGUUAAAUUUCCUUCCAAUGGAACUAUCUUUGACUACUUUUGGAGUCUUACAAGUCGUAAAUUUGAACCGUGGAGCUCACUCCUCAAGCCCUACGAAAGGGACGAGAAUCAACCGCUACAGAAUUGUAUCGUUCCAACGGUGGAGACUGUUCGAGUGCAGUACUUCUUAGACAAGUUGAUCCAAUUAGGCAAGCCUGUCAUGUUGGUGGGUGGCGCUGGAACAGGAAAAUCAAACAUUCUACAGGACAUGUUUGCUCACCUCAACAGUGAGGUGUUUAUUGUGAAGAACAUCUCCUUCAACUUCUACACCACCAGUUUGAUGCUUCAGGAGAUUUUGGACAAGAGUUUGGAGAAGAAAGCAGGAAAGAAUUAUGCUCCACCAGGUCAAUUCAGGAUGAUUUACUUCAUCGAUGACCUCAACAUGCCCGAGGCUAGUGUUUCUCCCCCUUCCCUUUCAUGCCUCUGUCUUGAACACUUCUGA